AUUGUCAGUUUUUAAAAAGCUUUUUAUAAAAAAUAGGUGUAAGCUUAACCAGGAUCUAGAAAAGGUGUCUAGAUGCAACGUAUCAUUUUAAAACGAAUUUAACUUGACUUAUAAAUAACCAUACAAAGCGUAUGCCUUGAUAUUAGUAAUUUAGAUCUAUAAUUUAGAUCAUGCAAAUAAUACACAUAUUUGCUGUUAUUUGUGGACUUUCUGCUGAGCUGCAUAAUCAGUUGAGAUACUUCGAGGUCCUUCAUCAUCUUGAUAUCCGUGUGAGGAAGAAGAGAAGUGUAGACAACCCUCAUGCUAUUGUCAAAGAUGUCAGCUUUUUUGCUUUCGGGAGGAAUUUUAAUCUUAUUUUCACUGCCGGGUCCAAGGUCAUUACUGGUGAUUUCACAGCUACACUGGUCCAUAAGGAUGGCAGUUCAUCCCCACUUUAUGUUGACCAUACAGAGUUCUAUACUGGACAUUUACUAGAAAACAAAGAUGUGACAGCUAAUGCUUACACAGAUGGAGGACUUUGGAGUAUCCAUGUGUAUGGGAAAGAGGAAACCUACUCCUUAGAGCCUUCCUGGCCACAUCUCCCACCAUCUGACAACCACACCAUGAUCAUGUACCGCACUUCAGACAUCAAGUGGAGUAACAUAUUGCCAGGUUUUCAUGCCAAUCAAAACCAUUUAAAAGAUUUCGAUCAGCAACAAACUCAAAAUAUGGGACAAGAGAAGCACAAGACAAAUACUUUUUCAAGAGAUGGAAGACGCAACAGGCGAGCAGCGACUGCAGACACCUGUCGCAUCAUCAUAGUGGCAGAUUACACUUUUUACAUGGGGCCUGGCCAUGGCUCUCCAGACAAGACUGUCAAACACUUGAUUGCCAUCAUGGAGGGAGUGAACAAGAUUUUCCGUGAAACAGUCUGGGAUGAUGAACACAGAAAUCUGGGUCUCCAGAUCACUGAGUUGAGGAUACAUCCAGAGCUGACUGAACAGAGAAAGUUUCAUAAGAAUGGUCUUCACUACAACAUGGGGCCAGGGGAGUGGGGGGCCCUGGAGUAUUUAAAUCAAUUUGACAGAGAGCAAGGUUUUGACAGGUUUUGUCUGGCACAUUUGCUGACCCAUCGCAAGUUCCGUGAAGGUUUGUUAGGCUACGCACACAUUGCUUCACCACGGACACAUGCAAUUGGUGGGAUUUGCUCAUCAAGAUUGGACAAUGCAAUGGCCAUGAAUACAGCAGUCAGCAGUAGCAUUGGACAAAUGGGACAGAACCUACUGACCCAGGUGUCAGUGUUGGUGGUGGCCCAUGCACUUAUGAAAGUUACCUUUUUGAACCUGGGAGAUGAAUCAAGGUUGACCUGUUUCUAUGACUCCUUUAAGUAA